UUAAUGUCCACAUAAACCUUCAUUUUGGUUGUUCUCUAACAAAAAUUUGCUUUUAUUUCUCAGAAAAAUCAAGUCUUUCUGUGAACUCUGUUAGUUUGCUGAUCUCACUCACUCUCUCUCUCUCUCUCUCUCUCUCUCUCUCGUGUAUGUGUAUGGGAGCCGACUGCACUGAUAGUUCUUUUUGAUUCAUGCGCCAAUAAGGGAGAAACGAUUGAUGGGUAUUCGUUAUUUGUCGAUGUUCAUUCAAAAUUUCGAUUCUGGGAAGAUAUUUUGAGUCUCUAGACCUCCUCCCUUCAAUCAAUUUCUCACUAACUAGCUUUUCGUGUGAGAACCUCCUUACCACAUUCAGUUGAUUCUGCGAUUAUUCAAGCUUUCCAUGUUUUAAUUCCAUUAUCAGUGCUUUGGGGUUUGUUAGUUCGGAAUUAGGGGAAGAGGGGCAACUGACGCCCUUGAUGUGUGCGCACAUGGGAUUGAGAUACAGCGGCGAUGGAAUCACAAUUGGCUCUGAUCGAUGAGUCCUUUAACUCUCGGUACUCGUCCUUGGUUCUAGAUGCUCUAGAUGAUCUACCUGAUAAUUUCACCAUUUCCGAUCCUUGUAUUUCAGGCCAUCCGAUUGUCUUUGCCAGCCGGGGAUUCUUGAAAAUGUCUGGUUACUCAAAAGAUGAAGUGAUUGGGAAGAAUGCGAGGAUGCUUCAGGGCCCGGAAACCAACCGUAAAUCGGUAAUGGAGAUUCGAGAGGCAAUUCGGGAGGAGAGGACUAUUCAGUUGAGUUUAUUAAACUAUAGGAAAGACGGGACCCCCUUCUGGAUGUUGUUUCAUUUGAGUCCUGUUUUCAGCAAGGAGGAUGGCAGGGUGAUUCACUUUGUUUCGGUUCAGUUGCCCAUAUCAAGGAAAUCGAUGGCUUUUACUUCUGGGUAUGGAAGGAAUGGUUUUGAUUUUGGUGAGGCGGGCUCUAGAUUGCCAGAGAUUGUAUUCGGGUCUUGCAGAAAGGAGAUGUGCAUGGAUUCAGUGACGCAGCCGCUCCCUCUCUGGGCGCGUAGUUCCUUAGAGGAUUUCCAUACUAGAGGAUUGGAGGCUGAAGAGUCAUGUGAGGCGAGUGAUCUUGAGAAACAGAAAGCUGCUACAUCAAUUAACAACAUUCUAUCUGUGCUAACUCAUUGUAGUGAGCAAAACGGAAAACUUGUCUGCGGGAAGAGAUGCAACUUAUCUGGGACAAAUCCUCUGGGUUCAUCUUUAAUUUUAUCCCUUGGUAGAAUCAAACAGAGCUUUGUAUUAACGGACCCCCACUUACCUGAUAUGCCCAUUGUAUAUGCGAGCGAUGCAUUUUUGAACUUGACAGGCUAUGCCAGACAUGAAGUGUUGGGGAAGAAUUGUAGAUUUUUAAAUGGGCCUGAUACAAAUGCCGAGGCUAUAUGCCAGAUUAGGGAAAGCAUCCAAGCUGAGCAAGCCUGUACAGUACGUCUCUUGAAUUACAGGAAGGAUGAAAGUUCAUUCUGGAACCGUCUUCAUAUUUCUCCUGUUCGGAAUGCUUCUGGAAAGAUAGCAUUUUAUGUUGGGGUGCAAACAGAAGAAGGUUGUAAGAAUGAGUCUAGCCGAGGGUUGAACCCAGAGAUAGGGCAGCUUGGUGCCGUGGGUGCAGUCAAGGUUGCAGUAAGGAGCUUAUCAAUGGGAGUUGGUCCUUCCAAAUCAUAGGAUGCAUCUCUGUUCAUUGGGGAUUUUAAUGAGAAAACCGAGGCAUGACCCAGAGUCUAAUUCACAGUAAUAAGCUUGUGCCAAUAUAAUUCUACUGCUGCAGUACAAGUACACAAAUGAGACAUGAGGACCAAGAGCCAAAGCUUGAACUUUUUGUCCACUGGUGGUUUCAAACUUUUCGUUCACUUGGACAGAAAUGCAAAACGAAGAAGAGGUGGCUUUCCUGGGUUUUGAGUAAAGGAUCUCCAGCAGCGAAUGAUGCUCCUUCUCAUGCCCAUUUGCCAACAUCCAGAGAACCCCCCCUUCUGCUAUCUUCUACUGCAAAGUUUAGGAUUUGCCAAUUUGGUUGGUGAUUCUGAGUUGCCCUAUUUGAAUCAGCAGCUUGGUGAUGCUGAGAUUGGUGAACUUUUUCACUUUGUCCUCUCCUGAUGAGGAUAGUUGGAUCAUGUUUGUGUUAGGCAAAGUUUUCCAUUGUAAAUUGUAUUGCUGUGACUCUUUUUUGUUUGUGCUGUACUGUUUUGGGGUUGAUUAUAGUCACCAUUCCCCUUUAUGUGGUUGUAUCAGUAUUCCUGUUCUUUUUCUAUAAAUAAAUUGUUAACCCUC